AUGACGGAGGACGGCGGGGCUCUGGAGCGCCUGAGGUGAGUAGAAGCGUAUCGAGCAGAAUCCGGGGGACUUCCCCACACGAAAUGAAGCGCUGGUACUCCGAUCGGAAUAAGAUUUUAACUUUCAGAAUCAGCCUGGGUGGUCAUCAUUGAGAACAUUUCUAAAGAAAUCCUUUAUUAAAGUUGUAAUAUCGGACCUAAUCCGAUAAUGCAAAUUUGAUGACAGUGAAUAGAAAAUUCCUGUAGCAGUGGGGUUUUAAGUGAAACUUACUCCCUUUUUUCUUUGCACUGUGAUGUAUCCAGACCCCCGAAACAGCUGAGAAAUUUCACUUCUCUCGAUCAAAGAAGUGAGUUGUCUGAGCACGAACGGUCGCAGGCAGCUGCAGCUAUCACGAAAUCUCUUGGUGUUUUGCCACCAUGGUGGUGACUGCUGCUCCAAGGACAGUGUAGGAGUAAAAUGGUAGAAAUAAAAGAGGGGACUCGAAUAUGUUUCCCCUUUCCAACGGGCGCACAAUCAGACUGGUGGGUGAGGCGCAGGGCACAGCGAGGUUCUAUUCACUCAUUUUAUUAUCUAAUCCCUGUCAGAGUCAGGUGUAUGGGGUGCCGUUUGUAAAGCAGCCCAUUAUAACAACAACAGCAAGAUUUGGUCACAUUUAGCAAAACAACAGCAAGAUUUAGUCACAUUUAGCUUCAAACAGCAUUUAAAAACGUGAUGUGAAUUUUCGGCAGUCAUUUUUUUGCACAUUUACAACAACAUUUAAAUACUAAAACUAAAUGUUAAAUGUUAAAUCUAAAUGCUAAAUAUAAAUCUUAAAUAUAUAUGUUAAAUCUAAAUGUUAAAUCUAAAUCUAAAUGUUAAAUCUAAAUCUAAAUGUUAAAUCUAAAUGUUAAAUCUAAAUGUUAAAUCUAAAUGUGUUGGGCGAAACUAAAUAUUUAGUUAAUAUGCAAAUUCACGGUCGGAAACCGGAAGUGCCAAAAUAAAAGCUCCAGAAGGUCAUAUUGAUGAUUCUUGUGUCGAAGAAAACGAAUUAAAACCAAUUUAAGGGGGGAACAAAUACUUGGGGUGACGUUUCGUGUUAAUAACUACCUACGAUAGCGACAGCAACAACAAAAACUUUAUUAGAAAGACUCGAGUUUUCAGUGUCGCUUCUCCGUAUGGCGCGGACACUGUACGAACACACGCACCUGCAUGUGUGUGUGCGUGUGUUCGUACAGUGUCCGCGCCAUACGGAGAAGCGACACUGAAAAUUCGAGUCUUUCUAAUAAAGUUUUUGUUGUUGCUGUUGCUAUUGUACGUAGUUAUUAACACGAAACGUCACCCCAAGUAUUUGUUCCCCCCUUAAAUUGGUUUUAAUUCGUUUUCUUCGACACAAGAAUCAUCAAUAUGACCUUCUGGAGCUUUUAUUUUGGCACUUCCGGUUUCCGACCGUGAAUUUGCAUAUUAGCUAAAUAUUUAGUUUCGCCCAACACAUUUAGAUUUAACAUUUAGAUUUAGAUUUAACAUUUAGAUUUAGAUUUAACAUUUAGAUUUAACAUAUAUAUUUAAGAUUUAUAUUUAGCAUUUAGAUUUAACAUUUAACAUUUAGUUUUAGUAUUUAAAUGUUGUUGUAAAUGUGCAAAAAAAUGACUGCCGAAAAUUCACAUCACUUUUUUAAAUGCUGUUUGAAGCUAAAUGUGACUAAAUCCUGCUGUUGUUUUGCUAAAUAUGACAAAAUCUUGCUGUUGUUUUUAUAAUGGGCUGCUUUACAAACGGCACCCCAUACAGGUGCGCCUGCAGACGCGCAUUUCUUUUCACGUGGAGUUUUUCAGCCUUUCUGCUCCCUGGACCCGUCCCUCUUUAUGAUGUGCCCCUACACACACAGAGGUCGUCCUAUGUGUGAAUGAUGACUUCGAAGGACACAGCAGAGUUACUUAAAGAAUACCGAAAAAUGAGGAUACGCCGUCGUGACAGACAGGACCUUAUGAUUACUAAUGUUCCUUCCAUCAAAAAAAAAGUCAGCUGUUGAUCUGUAUCUACCACUGUUUGCUGCUGGACUGCAUGGCUUUAUUUCUUUAUUUUGUAGUAGUGCAUUGCGUGUGUAAUAGUCCUGUUUAUCAACUACUUCAGCAUUUCUUCCACAUCACUCUCCUCUUCUGGCACAGUGAUUGUUUUUGACCUACAACGGCCUCACUGUGUUUGCACCCCCAUUUAUGAACCAAAAUGUGACAAGGCUCCCACAACAUUAUUGAACAAAAUGCAUUCCUGGAUUCAUGAUAUGGUAUUGCUCCAGGCUAAUACGGCGGACGAGGAGACCAUUAUUAUGAAACACAAAUGAGUGUGUCUGGUUGAUAUCCUGUGAAGAGGUUUAGUUUCUGAUCACAGUCCAAAAUCAUAAAUGUUGGUUUAUAUGAUAAACAAUUACAAUGUGUAGAAACAAUGACAAUCAGUAAAUGACAAUGUGUGUCAUGUACUGUGGGGUCUCAGAUGGAACAGCAGAUGGAGAGGGUCAGCGAAAGACUGACUUAGUAGUUUUGAAGACACUGAAAUGAGAUGGUUCAGCUAAUUUUAGUUUUAGAUAGACCUGAAGUUAAUCAUCUGGAGAGUGGUGAAUCAGCUGAGCUGAGACCUUUUCACCUUCAUUUCAUGACCUCUGUUUUCGUCUACCUGUCAUCUUUCCCAGGAAAUGUUGCUUCCCUUGCCAUAUCCCACACUGUCGGUCCUGGUCUCCAUCUUCCUGCCCCGAGGACAAAGCAAUGACUGCUUUCAAAGGCAUCUGGACUCAAGAGUUCUGGCGUUGUGUGGGGGCUGAGUUCUUUGCCAUGCUGCUCUUCAUUCUUCUCACCCUGGGAUCAACCAUCAACUGGGGGGCUGUUGAGGAGGUUCCCCACCCCCCUGAUGUGUUGCUCAUCUCACUUUGCUUUGGCCUGAGUAUUGCCACCAUGGUGCAGUGCUUCAGCCACAUCAGUGGAGCUCAUAUGAACCCUGCAGUCACAGCAGCCAUGGUGGUGACCAAGAAGCUCAGUUUGGCGAAAGCUUUUUUCUACCUGCUGUCUCAGUGUGUGGGAGCCAUAGUAGGGGCCGCUAUUCUGUUCGGCAUCACCCCAGCCUCUUUUAGGGGUAGUAUGGGGGUCACCAUGGUGUGUCCUUGUUUCUAAAGCAAUUACUGAACUGUCUUUGCUGAUCUAACAAUGUCAGAGAUGACACUGCUUUUAUUUAUUAUAAUUCUUUACGGCCUUGUCUGGUGUCCUUUUGAAAAAUGAAUAAUCCUCCCAACAUAUGCACCAAUACUGCAGAACUCUCAAAGAAUUACUCCACUGAUAAAAUGAUACUGGGGGGAAAAAAACUCUCAAUGACAGCCCUUAAUGAUCUUUUUCUUAAACCACUAAUCAUUAAAAAAAAAAAAGUGCUGUUUGUGAUGGAUUUUCAUGUUUGUGGAUUUAGAGAUCUCUUGAACUUGUCUGGAUUUUUUUCUUGUGAAAGUUUUAAAACUCAAGUCAUCCAAAUCUGACUGAAACACCUACCACAAAGCAUAUCAACCUUGACGUUAACUGUGAUUCUUUUAUAAUACAUCCACUUAUAGGGAAGAGUGAUAUUUGAUUAAAAGUCUGCUUUCUGUUUAUGACCCAGGUACACGAGAGCGUCUCUGUGGGGAAUGCCCUGGUAGUAGAAUUCUUCAUCACCUUUCAGCUGGUCUUCACCGUGUUUGCUACCUGUGACCACAAACGUAAUGACCUGAAGGGUUCAUCUGCUCUGGCCAUCGGCCUGUCCGUGUGUACUGGUCACCUGUUUGCUGUAAGUACUUAACACUUGUGUAGCUGUUAUGAGAAAGACGACAGAAAAAAAAAAAACAAGAAUGAGCAGUAUUGCUAAUAUAAGUGGCUCAAAAUGCUACACUCACAAUGCCUUUGAAUGUCCAUAAAUGUUAACAAAUACUGCACCUUAUUCACCUCGGUGAUUAAGCUAAAUGUCUAUUAACAGGAAAGACAACAUGGUUAAUGUAGCAAACACAUAAGUGCUGAAAAAGCGGAAAUGAGCAACAACCUUGGCCUGGAUAUUCUUAAGAGAGAAAGGUCAACAGUAGCCUUAGUCUACUUAUGAUGCUCUAAAAACUCAAUGUCCAGAUGAAUCUAAGAGUCAGUAACUCACAUUAAUUUGUAAUGGUCAGUAGUGGUAAACUGGGGGUGUUGUCCUUCUUUUUUACCAUCAUGACGAGGGCUCAGCUGUUGUUGCUAGGGUGCGCCGGGUUCACCUCCAGACUUUGACAAACCUGCUGAUUUGCCUCUCUUUGGCCACCUGCAAGGUGGUUGUUUCACAGGGGGCCCAAGGGUGGUCAGGAUUUCAUGCUGCAGGAUGUUGGUGGGGCCACAGUCAGUGGGGCUGAUGGAGUACAUGUCAGAGUAGAGCAACUUUCAGCUAACAGGGCUAACAGAUAACUGAGUACAGAAGAAAUGAAGAAAGUCGGUAGGCUUCUACAAAGACAGCCAAAUGGUCAGCCCCAAUGUUGUGUAGUAGUUGUGUGAAAUUGGGGCUUUAAAUCUGCAUGGAUGGAGGAGAGACAGCACAUUUCUACACUCUCAAAACGAAUGUGUCAAAAGUAACUCAUCAUGUGUUAUUUCUUAACACAUCCGUGUGUCUAGUUAAGGACAACACACAAUGUGUUGUUUUGACACAUGACCUGACAUUUAACACACAACAUGUGUAAAAUCUGUCAACACAUCAACUGUGUUGGGUUUACACAAAGAUAACACAGAGCUGUGUCUUAUUUUCAUGCAAUUUACACAUAGCUGCGUUAUGUAUUCUUCACACAAAAAUGUUUUAUUUUCAUACAAUUUACACACAACUGUGUUAUUGUUUAUAAAAUAUUAAAAUACAAAUAAUGUUCAAUAUAAUUUUAAUAAUAAUAAUACAUCAGAUUUCAUAUAGCGCUUUAUCAGAGACCCUCAAAGAGCUUUACAUUGGAUACAUCAUUCAUUCGCUCACACAGUCACACUUUGGUGGUGGUAAACUACCUUAGCAGUCACAGCUGCCCUGGGGCAGACUGACGGAAACGUGGCUGCUAUUUUGCGCUUACGGUCCCUCCGACCACCACCACACAACACUCACAAUCAUACACCAGUGGAGGACACACACUGGGAGCAAGGUGGGUUAAGUGUCUUGCCCAAGGACACAACGGACAGACUUGGGAUAGGGGGGAAUCGAACCACCAACCUUCUGGUUACUGGACGACCGCUCUACCUCCUGAGCUACUGCGAUUAUCUGCUAAAUUACCAAACCUGGUCAGUAAAAAGAAUAAACAAUUGCUUGAAUCUCAAGUCACUUUUAUAAAAUUUAUUUGGUUCAGGCAGCAGUGCAAAAUCUUGGACUUUGUAAGACUUUAGUGCAAACUUGAGAGCAAAACAUAGUGCAAACACAGAGUAUAAACAUUAAACAUUUUGUAAACAUUUAAUUCUUAAACCAUCAGUGCAACAAUGAAACACCUAAAAUACAGACAUGGCAUGUCAAACAACCGUCCCCUGCGGCUCGAGGCUGUGCGCUGGGCCGGGUUACAACGGCAUUACUCCCGUGGCGUGUAGUUUGAGUUGCAAAUGUAAAUGUGCCUCUCACACACACACAUCGAUCUCAUGGUAAAUGUGUGUGUGAGGGCAGACCAACUCCUCAGCGAGCUUGAUUAUUAGCCUUUAGCUGUUAGCACAGCUACCAUUGUUGCAUUUCAAAGCCAUCAAAGGCAGUGGCGAGUGCUGCCCCCAGGAGGAUCAAAGAAGGGAUUACACAACAUGAUUUUUUUCCAGAGCUGGUUCAUGUGGCAACUUUCUCAGUGCAUUGCUCCAAUCCACACCCCUAAAUUAGAGCUACAAGCUUCCAUGACCCAGGACCCAGCCAGAGACCAUCCAGGUGUCUGAGUAAAGUGGACAGAUCAGCUGGGGGUCCUACAGAAAUGGGACUUAUAUAUUUGGAUUUAUUUCCCCCCGAAAUGGAACUUAAUAAUUUAUUUUUAUUGAGUUAAAAUAGUACAACCCAAACCAUAGUCAAUUAAGAGAACCAUACGUCUGUGUGUGAGGAAAGGUAUACUCCUGUCUUCAGGGCACCGUGCUACUCAAGAAUCUGGUCUCAAAUACAGUUCAGUGGCCUUGUGGUCCACCCUGAGACUGGGUGUUUGGAGGUUUGAUUCCCCUGCUGAGGGUCUUCCUCCCUCUCAAAAAAUUAAAAAUAAAUAAAGAAAAAAGUUACAGAAUUUAUAAAAAAAAGAUGAUUCCAGAAUUAUUCAAAAGUAGGACAAUUAAUAAAGCUACUGCUUGGUUAAAAAUAACCCUGGCAGGUGUUUUCAUUAAUAACCUCUUUGACCUAGCAGUGGCUAACACAUGUUGUGUUUAAUUCACAUGAUAACUAUUUUAUGUGUUAAAAUAGCAUUAACUCAAAAGUGUGUCAAGGAUAAUAACACAGGAUGUGUAAAUAUAACAUAACAAAUGUUAAAAUAUAAUAACACAAAAAAUGCUUAUGAUUUUAACACAUUCAUUUUGAGAGUGUAGGGGCUCCAGAGUCCAGCAGAGCACACAUUUCAACUCAAUAAAUCAUUUUCAUGAUGAUGAACAUCUCCUCCCCUUGGCUCUUGGGACUGACCACUACUGUGCAUAUGAGAGGGUGUGUCUUGGAUAUGAUGUUGUUUGAGGGUUGUGGUGGUCCAUGAGAGGAAGGGCAGGUCUUUUGCAGGUGUGCCACACCAGAGCCCGUGUGGCAGACAACAUCGUUUAUGUUGUUGCUUUUGUUAGGCUGCCAUGGUCUAUCAGGUUUUACUGCCUCAAGUAGUGGCUUGGUGGGUUCUUCUGCACAAUGGGGUUCAAGUUCUGUGGCUGCUUGGACUCCUUGUGUUGCAUAGCCACACCCCCUGAUCACAUAAACUUUGUUGCAGCUGGCAGCUCUUUUUGAGGCCUUGUACCUGUGUGCAAUCUCAUAAGCUCUGGCCAGGGUUCCACCAACAGCUUCUGAACCACCUCUGCAUCUGACAGGGCGUUAAUAAAGAGCUCCACACUGAUGCAAUCUUGCUCUGUCUCUCUGAGGUCACCAUAGAUGUCUCCUUACUCUAUGCUUCAGCUCAAUGCCAAUGGCUGAAACAUGCUCAUAUAGCACAGCCCACAGGCAGUCUCUUUUUCUUCUGCAAUGUGCUGGUACCUCCAGACUUAGAGAUUUCAUGAACAAAAGCUCUAGCUGUGCAAGUCAGGCUAAAUCUAAGCUGAAUGGCCAUGGUCUUUUCAGUCCAGUGGUUAUUCCUAAGAGUAGCAUUCAAACUAGUAAAGAAAGUCUUUGCAUGAGCCUGAUUCAAGAGAAUUUCCCCCAGUGUGAGAUCAACAGAGUAUAUCUGAUCAAUGAAGUACAACUUAUCCAUUAAACCAAUCUGGCCGCAGUGUAGGGAUUCAUUCCUUUUCUUCUGGUUGUUCAUUAUCACUGCUGUCUGUGGAGUGUGAUGGAGCUUGAAUGGGCUGAAACACAGAUGAAGCUGACUGUAGCACAGUUUGGUAGAAAAGCCCGACUGGCAUAUGGGCAGUGGAGGUGUUCGUGGAGCAUGGGUGUUGGAGGCCCCACUUGCUCUGUAAAGUCACUGUCGUGAAAAGUGUUGGCAGAAUGUAUUUUGGACAUUUAGGAUGCCUAGGGGCCACAAACUCAUCCUGGUGACCAUUUCUGGUCUUAUGAAGGGGUUGGUGUUUGUAGGAGGUGCAGGACUGUGCGGCCAUUCAGUCUUGUUUGGUGUGAUCCGGGUUCACAUGCCCCUAAUGUUAGCUCCAUGCUAGUCAGAAAAGGAUUGGUAGGUACCCAUCCAUAAACAUUUCCACCUUUCUCAUGAAAUCUGCUCAUAUCAGCACAAGGAGUCUCUGGAAAAUCUGACAGAGAUGGUUAGCGCUUACUGAGGUCAUAAUCAUUAACAAAAACCAACAAAUCAACGAAAAUGAAAUUUAAAAAAAAGGUUGGCAGCUGAAAUAAAAAUCCUGAAGAGGCUUUAAAAAUCACAACUGACUAAAACAACAUGAUUUUUAAACGAACUAAAUAAAAUAAAGUAAAAGCUGUCAGCAGCGUUGAAAGGGCCAUCUCACCUCUGCGUAUGUCAGUAUUUGGGUAACGUUGGGAUGGGACAUAUGUGGCUGUGUAGACAUGAAGCAUCAGCCCAUGAAAUUACAUCUCAGAAACAUAGUGUUGCAGGGAAUGGAUUUGUGAAAAUUUGUGGAUGUGGCAAAUGGGUACCUGUGUACCACAUUUUGGGGACUCUACUAAUCAUGUAACCCUUUUAGAAACCUAUUUCCUGUUUGAUGGUGAAUGGCGCAUUGCCACGGCAACAGCAUGUGGAGUAGAGUGACAUAAGUUUGAGGACAGUGGGGGGAAAGGUCUCAGGAUGUUACAGAAGCAUGUUGAGGAAAUCACAUCCAACUAGUAAGGAUUUGACUAUGUGCCUUAGGAUUAAGCAGGCAUGGCACUGCUGGUGAUAGUGACCUGCUGUCACUCUGAAGUUGGUCUAGAUACAGGUGUCUGUGUGAACAGCGAAAGGCUUAAACAACUUGUUUUCCAGUGUAGUCCUACUGCCUGAGAGAGGUGUGUCCAUGCCUCCUCUCUAAGCACUUGGUGAAGAUCAUCUCUCAAUUCCAGCAGUCUGUUCAGAAAAUCGGAAGUGCUGUCCCAGCGAGCGUUACAAUUCAGGACAAGAGGCUUUCCACAACUUUUGAUCAUUUCUUCAUUUGCCACUGAUGAUUUCCUCUCAUGUACCAGUUUAUUAGCUCCUGUGCUGGGGAGGAAUGUACUGUCACUAUCAAGGUCCUGGCCAAAACAUGGGGAGACAACUUUGCUGCCUUGGCAAAAAUCACCACCCACAACCAGUCUCUUGCAUCCUCAUUGGUUCUGUGAACAUUUUGCUGGUAUCUUUAGCCUAGAUCCCUCAGAGUUUGAUGCUACACCAGCAGGAGUCUGCCUUAUGGAUCCAAGCAUUUUACUGGUUUUGAAGUCACUGAGGAAUGCAGCACAGUCCUGGAAUACUUCACCCCUUAAGUCUCCCUUUAAGUUGAUUAAUCCAACUAAAUUCACCUUCUGAAAAGGUGAAUGUUUUCCUUUUUCCUCAGUUGCAGCAGUUGCAGGUCACCUGGCUGAGGAUAGACUGCUUCCUGUAUUAACAGUUAACCUGUUUGUGCUCCCGUCUACAGCUACUGCUGUUCUUGUGUAGUUUAGAUUUUUUUUCUGUUUAAAUACACAAACACGAUAAAUGACACAUAUCUGUUAGUGUUUGUCUAGGGUGGUUACGUUUUUUCAUCUUAAGUUUUCAAAUAGAUUUUUAAGUCUUACCAAAAAAACUAAAACAAACGCUUCAACAAGACUUAACUGAAACAACACUUUCGAAAAAAGAACAACUAAACUGACAAACAAAAAGUCAAAAUAAAAAGAAAAACUAAUGAAAAUUUCAAAACUAUUCAACUUUGGUGCUCAUGUUUAUCCUCAUCUCUUUCAAUUGUCUGCUGACUCAGCUGUAUGUCUCUGACCAUAGUGAGAGACAGCUGAUUGGCUCAUUAAUGCCAAUAACCGGCAGUCUGGGGAACUUCAAUGUUGGUAGAGGAGAGACUGUAUACUUUUGGUACAGUGCACGUUUUUUGUCACUCACAUAACACACAACUGCAGCAGCUCCUACAUUACCCAUAAACUGUCUUCCUAAAGGGACGGUUCAGCCAGUAACAGAAGGAGUUGUAUUUUAAUCACAAAUAUUUAGUUGAAUAUAUGUUUCGUUUUGAAUGUAUCACAGCCAAAAGCCCUUGCCCCACCCUUUCAUCAUAUCGACUAAUCUGUGUAUAACAAUAAAAGUUCAAGAAGUUAUCUCUUCAUUUGGCUUUCCUCCAGUCUUCUGACCAUGAAAGUACUUGUGCACUACAUGUCACCAGAUUCCAUUGAAUGCUUAGCCUCCUUCCUUUCUCUGGUAUUGAAAGUGGUUUAAUAAUAUAUAGUAAUAAUAAUAAUAAUAUUGGCUGUGUCUGUUCUUUCAGAUCCCGUACACUGGAGCCAGUAUGAACCCUGCCCGAUCAUUUGGCCCAGCCAUGGUCACAUGGUGCUGGGAUAAUCACUGGGUAACCCAACUUGAUUCUGAGUUUGAGUUAGACUAUGAAUUAGUAUCUAUAGGUAUGAACAAACGGUUUUAGCAAACACAGGAACUUUAAACUUACUGUCUUUAGUCUCAUAAUAUUGUCAAAAGUUGCUGUGAGAGAUGUUCAGCUAUAGUUUGUUAACUAGUAAGAUAUCUUUAUUUACCAGAGUUAAACUAGAGGACUUGGGUCUAACAGGUAAAGAACCAAACAUGUUUAUUUUAAUGCAUGUAGGACAGGUGGUAUGUACGGAUUCAUCGAAUUUUGUUUUUUUGCUGUUGACAAGCAUCGCACCAGCUAUGGUUAUAGACUGACUGGGUGAGUUACAACCAUAGACUGUAUAUAGAAUGAACGGCGUCUGCCGCCUUGUUGGGUGAAGCCACUGCGAGAACAGCACCCUCUGUUGAUGGGCUGCAGUAUACAGUGCAUCCGUAAAGUAUUCAUACCACUUCACUUUUUCCACAUUUUGUUAUGUUACAGCCUUAUUCCAAAAUGGAUUAAAUUCCCUUUUUCCCUCAAAAAUUCUACACAAAAUACCCCAUAAUGACAAAGAGAAAAACUUUUUGGGGAGUUUUUCCUCAUUCUUCCUUGCACAUCCUCUCAAGCUCAGUGGGGUUGGAUGGGCAGCGUCAGUGCACAGCUACUUUCAGGUCUUUCCAAAGAUGUUCAAUCGGGUUCAAGUCUGGGCUCUGGCUAGGCCACUCAAGGACAUGCAUAAACUUGUCCUGAAGCCACCCCUUUGUCUUCUUGGCCGUGUGCUUAGGUCAUUGUCAUGCUGGAAGAUGAAGCGUCGCCCCAGUCGAAGGUCUCGAGCACUCUGGAGCAGGUUUUCAUCAAGGAUUUCGAUGUACUUAGCUGCAUUGACUUUUCCCUCCAUCCUGACAAGUCUCCCAGUUCCUGCCGCUGAAAAACAUCCCCACAGCAUGAUGCUGCCACCACCAUGCUUCACUGUAGGGAUGGUAUUGGCGAGGUGGUGAGCGGUGCAUGGUUUCCUCCAGACAUGACGCUUGGAGUUUGAUCUUCGUUUCAUCAGACCAGAGAAUUUUGUUUCUCCUGGUCUGUGAGUUCUUCAAGUGCCUUCUAGCAAAGUCCCAGUGGGCUGUCAUGUGCUUUUUACUGAGGAGUGGCUUCUGUCUGGCCACUCUACCAUAAAUGCCUGACUGGUGGAGUGCUGCAGAGAUGGUGGUCCUUCUGUAGGGUUCUCCCAUCUCCUCAGAGGAACGCUGGAGCUCUGUAAGAGUGACCAUCGGGCUCAUUUUGGCUGGGCAACCAGCUUUAGGAAGAGUCCUGGUGGUUCCAAACGUCUUCCAUUUCUUAAUGAUGGAGACCACUGUGCUUUUUGGGAUCUUCAAUGCAGCAGAUAUUUUUCUGUAACCUUCCCCAGAUCUGUGAGCCGAUACAACCCUGUUUCGGAGGUCUACAGACAAUUCUUUCGACUUCAUGGCUUGGUUUGUGCGCUGACGUGCUCUGUCAGCUGUGGGAUCUUAUAUAGACAUGUGUGGCUUUCCAAAUCAUGUCCAAUCAGCUGAAUUUGCCACAGGUGGACUGCAAUCAAGUUGGAGGAACAUUUCAAGGCUGAUCAGUGGAAACAGGGCGCACCUGAGCUCAAUUUUGAGUUUUAUUGCAAAGGGUGUGAAUACUUAUGUACAUGCAACAUUUGAGUGUCUUAUUUUUAAUAAAUUUGCAAAAUGUUCUAAAAAAAGUUUUUCUUUUUGUCAUUAUGGGGUAUUUUGUGUAGAAUUUUUUAGGGAAAAGGGAAUUUAAUCCAUAUUGGAAUAAGGCUGUAACAUAACAAAAUGUGGAAAAAGUGAAGUGGUAUGAAUACUUUACGGAUGCACUGUAGGUCAUAAAUCCCGCCUCCGCCAGCAAAGCUUAUGGGGCUGUGGACAAACUUUAGAAAUUUAUUACACAGAGCAUAAAUUUUUCUCCCAUCUGCUUGCAGUGUUGACAUGUAGUUAUUGUAAGACUGGUUUGUGCUAAAGUCUUAUUUUUUCUGUGAAGCUCUGUUUUUCAAAGUUAUUAGGGGGUUCAUGUUUUCUUUGAUUGACUGAUACAGCCUAUUGGCGUUCAGGGAUUGCAUAGCUCACCGGGGGGAUACGCUGUUUGAGCCGAGCAUCAUCACAGCGAUUCUCUGCGACUCUCCCGCCGAAUGCACACAACGCUACUGCGCAGCGCUGGUUUCAGGAAAUAUAGAAAAAUCCCGGAAAUACUGAGAGCUUUUUGGCUUCAAAUCCGUAUACAGGCGGGAGGCGGAACCAAGUUGUCCAUAGUAUAUACAGUCUGUGGUUACAACACUUUCACAGGAGGUGGCGAUAUGCCCCCUUUCAGCCUGUUACUUCUGUAUUGUCUCCUGAUUGACCUAUGGUGUCACAUACCAACGCAUUUAAUAUGAAGUGAGCAAGAGAUUAACAGUUUGUUUGAUGACAGUAAAAACAUGGAAAACUUUACAGCUCUCGACGUUUAGCAUCCUCGUCUUUUGAACUCCCAGUCUUCUUCCUCUUGUCAAGGUUUCUGUUUUUUUGUCUGGCUCUCUUCAUUGCAUUUUUGCUGAAGGGCUAAACAAUCUUUAUGAACGAUCCAUUCAAAUUUAAUUCCUUAACAGUAUUCACAUGUGUGUGUCCAGCUUCUAUUAUUGAUAUUGUAUAUGUAUGUACAUAAAAAGCUAUAGCCAUGGCUGGCUGCCUGCAUCUGUCCUGCUAUCUGUCAUCUUUUUAAUCUUGGUUGUUUAUCAGGACAUGUGACAAAAACAAAGGAAACAAAGGAACAGGUGAACAGUGGUAACAGAGUGUAUCAACAAGCAAGCAUGAGUUCCAAUAUUACCUCUUUCUAUGCCCAAACAAUAGUAGAGACCCGUAAUAUUUUUUAGCAUUGAAAGUAAGAAUGAAAAGGAAUGUAACGAAAGUAAUAUGAAAUAAGCCUGCAUAUUUUACCAAUGAAAAUGUCAUAACUGGUUAAGUCAAAAUGUUUUUUCCCUCAUCAAAUUUACUAAAGCCUAAAAGAGUUUUAAAUUUUUUUUUUAUUGUGAUACAGGUGCAGGCGAGUCUAGGGAAACUGGAGGAAGUAUGAAAGGGAGAGCAGAGUUUACACAGGGACUGAUUACAGAGGCAGCAGCUCAGCAGCAUGACCCUGAACCACAAGUUAGGAAUGAGACAGAUGAAGAUAAGUCUGUUGAUAGUUGUGAUUACUUUGCAUACCCUCAUAUUGCUUUACCAAAAGGUAAAAGUCACAAUCUAAAGUGGGCUGGUCUGAGGCAUGAAACCCCAGGGCUGAAAAUGAGUUGCACUCCGGCCCUGUGUGUUACAUGUAUAUUUCUAAAAUGAUGGUCAUAUACUGUCUUCUUUGCUGUCAUGUUUUGAUUUCAUUUUCUAUCCCAGAGAUUCUUGUCAUCUGGUUGUUAUUAAUUCCCGAACCCCGCAGAAAUGGCUUGAUACUUUUGGUUAACUAAGUGCUGCUAUGGACUACCUACUUACUAAAUUAAAUUUGUCUUCAAGAGGAGGGUAUCUUGACUGUGGCAAAAAUGGUAAUCUAUGUUAUCAUUCCAAGUAAGCAAACAAUGUAACUUCAGAUUUAUUUUGGGAGCCAGAAAUUUGAUUGUAAGUCUUUUUGUCUGGAGUUUAAAAAGUAAAGAUUUUAAUAAUAAAGUGAUGAAGGAUAGAGUCUUAAUAUUACAAGAAUUACUGAUUAGGAGAAUUAAGUUUCAUAAUGUUAUUAGAAUAGAAUUAUUGCUGUACUCCUUUAUUCCCAUUAUCUUAUUUCUUCCUUCCUUUACAUGUCCCCAAUACUUGGAUAUAAAUUUAAAAUCUUGUUACUGCCCUCACAGAGCUUAACCAUUAAUAGUAGGAAGUUUUCUAAAAGAUGAUCCAAUCAGAUUUGACUCUCAAUUUAAGGGCAGUUCAUUAAAAACAGAACAACUCUGUUCUUGACAGUGAUUUAAAGAUUAUAAAUGUUAUGAAAAGAAUGUUUUUAUUCCUCUUAUGCUCAGAAAUCUUCAUAAAAUAAUUUAAACCCAGGCUAUCAAUGUGACACAUAUUUCAGAAGAUUUUAAAUCAAAAAUAGAUCGUUAUUCAAUAGUAAUUUUCAACUGAUUGUGGAGUCUGUUUGGCUCAUCUGUCAUGUCACAUCCUAUGUACAAGGGCUAUGGUCUCGAAAGUGGACAGCCUGGGUUUAAGUCCAUUACACAGCUCUUUAAAGCACAUCAUUUCACUCCCUCUUCCCUAGUUUGCUUGUCAAUUUACUACCCCCUUACUAAAAGCUCAAAAUAAACUUUAAAAAGUGAAAAAUGAUGUAUUGCUUAUGAUUGUUCAUAAUGUAAAGACAUUUUUACAUAUUGAGAUGAUUGUUUCUUUGCUUUACUGUUUGUUGUUGUGUGUGUUCUUUCAUAUCAGGUGUACUGGGUGGGCCCAACUCUGGGUGGGGCUCUGGCUGCAGCUGUGUAUGAAUACUUGUUCUGCCCCGACCCAGAACUGAAGAAACGCUACUCUGACGCCUUCAUCAAAACAUCCUUUGCUGCUACUAAACAUCGGCAGGACUCUGUCACAGCCCAGGAACCUCUCUUCACUGUCAUGGAUGUGAAGAGAGCUGAGAGGAUGGGAAGAGAGAGGGAGGUAUCAGGGGAAGUGCUUUCUUCCGUAUGA